AUGGCAAAAUUGGCAGGUAGUAACACUCGGAAAACUUCCAACUCUGACAAUAAAAACUUUGUUUUUCUGAAAAGCUUUGAUAUCUCUAUUCACCCCAAAAACCAGACCACCGCCAUUGAGGUGCUGUGGUCUCCUCCCAUCUUUGGCUGGCUGAAGUGCAACACCGACGGGGUUUCUGUUCUCAAUACUGCAGCUUGCGGUGUGGUGUGCCGAGAUCACAAUGCUAAUCAUAUCUUUAGCCUUUGUGAUUUCCUUGGCGCGAAAGGUCCUAUUUUUGCUGAGCUCAUGGCUGCCAUCCUAGCCAUUGAAGAAGCAAUGCGUCGGAACGUCUCUAGUCUUUGGAUUGAAACAGAUAGUAUGUAUGUUGUGAAGGCCUUCAAAAAUUGCUCGCUUGUUCCUUGGAAUCUUCGUUCUCGUUGGCUUGUGUGCUGGAAUUACUCGCUCAAUAUCAACUUCAUGGUGACACACAUUUUUAGAGAGGCCAAUUUUUUUGCUGAUUCUUUGGCUAAUCUUGGUUUACAUGUUACGGCUUAUAGAUUAUUUAAUUAUGUUCAUGAAGUUAUCCAAAGAGAUUUCUUGCUUGACAAGUUGGGUAACCCAAGACAUAGGAUUUGCUCUUAA